CUUUUGAUGACUUUUCUGACUUCUCCACAGAUGAGUUGACUAUGGAGGUGAGACCUUCUUCUCCACAGUCUGUAGCAUCUCAAUGUGAACUUAGGGCUCUUUCUCCUGACUCACCUGUUCCUCAUUUUGACGUGGCCCAAAUUGAGAAUUAUGACCAAUGCUUUCACCAAAGGUCGUACACACCACAAUCGAGUGUUUCAGAUUGGGAAGGUUGUGAUUUGUGUCUCACCGACCUUUUUGAUGAGACCAGACCGAUGUCUCCACAGUCUGUUUCAUCAGACAUGGAACUAGAUGUCUCAUUUCGCGGCAGGGCGCUGUCUCCAGAUUCUGUUUCUUCAGCUGUAGACACGUCCCUACUUCGGGACUGGCUGUUAGACUUCAGAGCAUCCUCCCCAGAGUCUGUGGCAUCAGUUGAGAAGUGUUCAUUUGGUCCUGAUUGUAUGUUUGUUCAAAACAACAAACAUUGUAGUUAUUACUUAUGGUAUACUGAGGAAAGGCCAUUUUCUCCUCUGUCAACAUUUUCUGACCUGGAGUAUUCAGAAUUUUGUCUCAAGGAUCUCUUUGACGACAGCAGGCCAGGAUCGCCAGAUUCAGUAUCGUCAGAAAAUUUAAGUGCAGAAAAUAAUGUCGUGGCAAUUGCAGGCCAACCAUGGUCUUAUGCAAGACCUUUUACAUAUGCAGAUGUCGUGCGUGGCGUUAAAAAUAAAAAACAAUCAGAGACCAUGUCUGACAACACGGCUUUGGAGUCUCAGCCUAUUUUGCGACCAUCUGACUCUUUUGAUGACUUGUCUGACUUCUCCACAGAUGAGUUGACUAUGGAGGUGAGACCUUCUUCUUCACAGUCUGUAGCAUCUCAAUGUGAACUCAGGGCUCUUUCUCCUGACUCACCUGUUCCUCAUUUUGACGUGGCCCAAAUUGAGAAUUAUGACCAAUGCUUUCACCAAAGGUCGUACACACCACAAUCGAGUGUUUCAGAUUGGGAAGGUUGUGAUUUGUGUCUCACCGACCUUUUUGAUGAGACCAGACCGAUGUCUCCACAGUCUGUUUCAUCAGACAUGGAACUAGAUGUCUCAUUUCGCGGCAGGGCGCUGUCUCCAGAUUCUGUUUCUUCAGCUGUAGACACGUCCCUACUUCGGGACUGGCUCUUAGACUUCAGGGCAUCCUCCCCAGAGUCUGUGGGAUCAGUUGAGAAGUGUUCAUUUGGUCCUGAUUGUAUGUUUGUUCAAAACAACAAAAAUUGUAGUUAUUACUUACGGUAUACGGAGGAAAGGCCAUUUUCUCCUCUGUCAACAUUGUCUGACGUGGAGUAUUCAGAAUUUUGUCUCAAGGAUCUCUUUGACGACAGCAGGCCAGGAUCGCCUGAUUCAGUAUCGUCAGAAAAUUCAAGUGCAGAAAAUAAUGUCGUGGCAAUUGUAGGCCAACCAUGGUCUUUUGCAAGACCUUUCACAUAUGCAGAUGUCGUGCGUGGCGUUAAAAAUGAAAAACAAUCAGAGACCAUGUCUGACAACACGGCUUUGGAGUCUAGGCCUGUUUUGGGACUAUCUGACUCUUUUGAUGACUUUUCUGACUUCUCCACAGAUGAGUUGACUAUGGAGGUGAGACCUUCUUCUCCACAGUCUGUAGCAUCUCAAUGUGAACUCAGGGCUCUUUCUCCUGACUCACCUGUUCCUCAUUUUGACGUGGCCCAAAUUGAGAAUUAUGACCAAUGCUUUCACCAAAGGUCGUACACACCACAAUCGAGUGUUUCAGAUUGGGAAGGUUGUGAUUUGUGUCUCACCGACCUUUUUGAUGAGACCAGACCGAUGUCUCCACAGUCUGUUUCAUCAGACAUGGAACUAGAUGUCUCAUUUCGCGGCAGGGCGCUGUCUCCAGAUUCUGUUUCUUCAGCUGUAGACACGUCCCUACUUUGGGACUGGCUCUUAGACUUCAGGGCAUCCUCCCCAGAGUCUGUGGGAUCAGUUGAGAAGUGUUCAUUUGGUCCUGAUUGUAUGUUUGUUCAAAACAACAAACAUUGUAGUUAUUACUUACGGUAUACGGAGGAAAGGCCAUUUUCUCCUCUGUCAACAUUGUCUGACGUGGAGUAUUCAGAAUUUUGUCUCAAGGAUGUCUUUGACGACAGCAGGCCAGGAUCGCCAGAUUCAGUAUCGUCAGAAAAUUUAAGUGCAGAAAAUAAUGUCGUGGCAAUUGCAGGCCAACCAUGGUCUUAUGCAAGACCUUUUACAUAUGCAGAUGUCGUGCGUGGCGUUAUAAAUAAAAAACAAUCAGAGACCAUGUCUGACAACACGGAUUUGGAGUCUCAGCCUAUUUUGCGACCAUCUGACUCUUUUGAUGACUUGUUUGACUUCUCCACAGAUGAGUUGACUAUGGAGGUGAGACCUUCUUCUUCACAGUCUGUAGCAUCUCAAUGUGAACUCAGGGCUCUUUCUCCUGACUCACCUGUUCCUCAUUUUGACGUGGCCCAAAUUGAGAAUUAUGACCAAUGCUUUCACCAAAGGUCGUACACACCACAAUCGAGUGUUUCAGAUUGGGAAGGUUGUGAUUUGUGUCUCACCGACCUUUUUGAUGAGACCAGACCGAUGUCUCCACAGUCUGUUUCAUCAGACGUGGAACUAGAUGUCUCAUUUCGCGGCAGGGCGCUGUCUCCAGAUUCUGUUUCUUCAGCUGUAGACACGUCCCUACUUCGGGACUGGCUCUUAGACUUCAGAGCAUCCUCCCCAGAGUCUGUGGCAUCAGUUGAGAAGUGUUCAUUUGGUCCUGAUUGUAUGUUUGUUCAAAACAACAAACAUUGUAGUUAUUACUUACGGUAUACUGAGGAAAGGCCAUUUUCUCCUCUGUCAACAUUGUCUGACGUGGAGUAUUCAGAAUUUUGUCUUAAGGAUCUCUUUGACAACAGCAGGCCAGGAUCACCAGAUUCAGUAUCGUCAGAAAAUUUAAGUGCAGAAAAUAAUGUCGUGGCAAUUGCAGGCCAACCAUGGUCUUAUGCAAGACCUUUUACAUAUGCAGAUGUCGUGCGUGGCGUUAUAAAUAAAAAACAAUCAGAGACCAUGUCUGACAACACGGAUUUGGAGUCUCAGCCUAUUUUGCGACCAUCUGACUCUUUUGAUGACUUGUCUGACUUCUCCACAGAUGAGUUGACCAUGGAGGUGAGACCUUCUUCUUCACAGUCUGUAGCAUCUCAAUGUGAACUCAGGGCUCUUUCUCCUGACUCACCUGUUCCUCAUUUUGACGUGGCCCAAAUUGAGAAUUAUGACCAAUGCUUUCACCAAAGGUCGUACACACCACAAUCGAGUGUUUCAGAUUGGGAAGGUUGUGAUUUGUGUCUCACCGACCUUUUUGAUGAGACCAGACCGAUGUCUCCACAGUCUGUUUCAUCAGACGUGGAACUAGAUGUCUCAUUUCGCGGCAGGGCGCUGUCUCCAGAUUCUGUUUCUUCAGCUGUAGACACGUCCCUACUUCGGGACUGGCUCUUAGACUUCAGAGCAUCCUCCCCAGAGUCUGUGGCAUCAGUUGAGAAGUGUUCAUUUGGUCCUGAUUGUAUGUUUGUUCAAAACAACAAACAUUGUAGUUAUUACUUACGGUAUACUGAGGAAAGGCCAUUUUCUCCUCUGUCAACAUUGUCUGACGUGGAGUAUUCAGAAUUUUGUCUUAAGGAUCUCUUUGACGACAGCAGGCCAGGAUCACCAGAUUCAGUAUCGUCAGAAAAUUUAAGUGCAGAAAAUAAUGUCGUGGCAAUUGCAGGCCAACCAUGGUCUUUUGCAAGACCUUUCACAUAUGCAGAUGUGGUGUGUGGCUUUAAAAAUGAAAAACAAUCCGAGACCCGGUCUGAAGAUACGGCUUUGGAGUCUAGGCCUAUUUUGCGACCAUCUGACUCUUUUGAUGACUUGUCUGAGUUAUCCAUAGGUGGGAUGACGAUAGAGGUGAGACCUUCUUCUCCACAGUCUGUAGCAUCUCAAUGUGAACUCAGGGCUCUUUCUCCUGACUCACCUGUUCCUCAUUUUGACGUGGCCCAAAUUGAGAAUUAUGACCAAUGCUUUCACCAAAGGUCGUACACACCACAAUCGAGUGUUUCAGAUUGGGAAGGUUGUGAUUUGUGUCUCACCGACCUUUUUGAUGAGACCAGACCGAUGUCUCCACAGUCUGUUUCAUCAGACAUGGAACUAGAUGUCUCAUUUCGCGGCAGGGCGCUGUCUCCAGAUUCUGUUUCUUCAGCUGUAGACACGUCCCUACUUCGGGACUGGCUGUUAGACUUCAGAGCAUCCUCGCCAGAGUCUGUGGCAUCAGUUGAGAAGUGUUCAUUUGGUCCUGAUUGUAUGUUUGUUCAAAACAACAAACAUUGUAGUUAUUACUUACGGUAUACUGAGGAAAGGCCAUUUUCUCCUCUGUCAACAUUGUCUGACGUGGAGUAUUCAGAAUUUUGUCUUAAGGAUCUCUUUGACGACAGCAGGCCAGGAUCACCAGAUUCAGUAUCGUCAGAAAAUUUAAGUGCAGAAAAUAAUGUCGUGGCAAUUGCAGGCCAACCAUGGUCUUUUGCAAGACCUUUCACAUAUGCAGAUGUUGUGCGUGGCUUUAAAAAUGAAAAACAAUCCGAGACCCGGUCUGAAGACACGGCUCUGGAGUCUAGGCCUAUUUUGCGACCAUCUGACUCUUUUGAUGACUUUUCUGACUUAUCCAUAGGUGAGUUGACGAUGGAGGUGAGACCUUCUUCUCCACAGUCUGUAGCAUCUCAAUGUGAACUCAGGGCUCUUUCUCCUGACUCACUUCUUCCUCAUUUUGACAUGGCCCAAAUUGAGAAUUAUGACCAAUGCUUUCACCAAAGGUCGUACACACCACAAUCGAGUGUUUCAGAUUGGGAAGGUUGUGAUUUGUGUCUCACCGACCUUUUUGAUGAGACCAGACCGAUGUCUCCACAGUCUGUUUCAUCAGACAUGGAACUAGAAGUCUCAUUUCGCGGCAGUGCGCUGUCUCCAGAUUCUGUUUCUUCAGCUGUAGACACGUCCCUACUUCGGGACUGGCUGUUAGACUUCAGAGCAUCCUCGCCAGAGUCUGUGGCAUCAGUUGAGAAGUGUUCAUUUGGUCCUGAUUGUAUGUUUGUUCAAAACAACAAACAUUGUAGUUAUUAUUUACGGUAUACUGAGGAAAGGCCAUUUUCUCCUCUGUCAACAUUUUCUGACGUGGAGUAUUCAGAAUUUUGUCUCAAGGAUCUCUUUGACGACAGCAGGCCAGGAUCACCAGAUUCAGUAUCGUCAGAAAAUUUAAGUGCAGAAAAUAAUGUCGUGGCAAUUGCAGGCCAACCAUGGUGUUUUGCAAGACCGUUUACAUAUGCAGAUGUCGUGCGUGGCGUUAAAAAUGAAAAACAAUCAGAGACCUUGUCUGAAGACACGGCUUUGGAGUCUAGGCCUCUUUUGGGACUAUCUGACUCUUUUGAUGACUUUUCUGACUUCUCCACAGAUGAGUUGACUGUGGAGGUGAGACCUUCUUCUCCACAGUCUGUAGCAUCUCAAUGUGAACUCAGGGCUCUUUCUCCUGACUCACCUCUUCCUCAUUUUGACGUGGCCCAAAUUGAGAAUUAUGACCAAUGCUUUCACCAAAGGUCGUACACACCACAAUCGAGUGUUUCAGAUUGGGAAGGUUGUGAUUUGUGUCUCACCGACCUUUUUGAUGAGACCAGACCGAUGUCUCCACAGUCUGUUUCAUCAGACAUGGAACUAGAUGUCUCAUUUCGCGGCAGGGCGCUGUCUCCAGAUUCUGUUUCUUCAGCUGUAGACACGUCCCUACUUCGGGACUGGCUCUUAGACUUCAGAGCAUCCUCCUCAGAGUCUGUGGGAUCAGUUGAGAAGUGUUCAUUUGGUCCUGAUUGUAUGUUUGUUCAAAACAACAAACAUUGUAGUUAUUACUUACGGUAUACGGAGGAAAGGCCAUUUUCUCCUCUGUCAACAUUGUCUGACGUGGAGUAUUCAGAAUUUUGUCUCAAGGAUCUCUUUGACGACAGCAGGCCAGGAUCGCCAGAUUCAGUAUCGUCAGAAAAUUCAAGUGCAGAAAAUAAUGUCGUGGCAAUUGCAGGCCAACCAUGGUCUUUUGCAAGACCUUUUACAUAUGCAGAUGUCGUGCGUGGCGUUAAAAAUAAAAAACAAUCAGAGACCAUGUCUGACAACACGGCUUUGGAGUCUCAGCCUAUUUUGCGACCAUCUGACUCUUUUGAUGACUUGUCUGACUUCUCCACAGAUGAGUUGACUAUGGAGGUGAGACCUUCUUCUCCACAGUCUGUAGCUUCUCAAUGUGAAGUCAGGGCUCUUUCUCCUGACUCACCUGUUCCUCAUUUUGACGUGGCCCAAAUUGAGAAUUAUGACCAAUGCUUUCACCAAAGGUCGUACACACCACAAUCGAGUGUUUCAGAUUGGGAAGGUUGUGAUUUGUGUCUCACCGACCUUUUUGAUGAGACCAGACCAAUGUCUCCGCAGUCUGUUUCAUCAGACAUGGAACUAGAUGUCUCAUUUCGCGGCAGGGCGCUGUCUCCAGAUUCUGUUUCUUCAGCUGUAGACACGUCCCUACUUCGGGACUGGCUAUUAGACUUCAGAGCAUCCUCCCCAGAGUCUGUGGCAUCAGUUGAGAAGUGUUCAUUUGGUCCUGAUUGUAUGUUUGUUCAAAACAACAAACAUUGUAGUUAUUACUUACAGUAUACUGAGGAAAGGCCAUUUUCUCCUCUGUCAACAUUGUCUGACGUGGAGUAUUCAGAAUUUUGUCUCAAGGAUCUCUUUGACGACAGCAGGCCAGGAUCGCCAGAUUCAGUAUCGUCAGAAAAUUUAAGUGCAGAAAAUAAUGUCGUGGCAAUUGCAGGCCAACCAUGGUGUUUUGCAAGACCGUUUACAUAUGCAGAUGUCGUGCGUGGCGUUAAAAAUGAAAAACAAUCAGAGACCUUGUCUGAAGACACGGCUUUGGAGUCUAGGCCUCUUUUGGGACUAUCUGACUCUUUUGAUGACUUUUCUGACUUCUCCACAGAUGAGUUGACUGUGGAGGUGAGACCUUCUUCUCCACAGUCUGUAGCAUCUCAAUGUGAACUCAGGGCUCUUUCUCCUGACUCACAUCUUCCUCAUUUUGACGUGGCCCAAAUUGAGAAUUAUGACCAAUGCUUUCACCAAAGGUCGUACACACCACAAUCGAGUGUUUCAGAUUGGGAAGGUUGUGAUUUGUGUCUCACCGACCUUUUUGAUGAGACCAGACCGAUGUCUCCACAGUCUGUUUCAUCAGACAUGGAACUAGAUGUCUCAUUUCGCGGCAGGGCGCUGUCUCCAGAUUCUGUUUCUUCAGCUGUAGACACGUCCCUACUUCGGGACUGGCUCUUAGACUUCAGAGCAUCCUCCUCAGAGUCUGUGGGAUCAGUUGAGAAGUGUUCAUUUGGUCCUGAUUGUAUGUUUGUUCAAAACAACAAACAUUGUAGUUAUUACUUACGGUAUACGGAGGAAAGGCCAUUUUCUCCUCUGUCAACAUUGUCUGACGUGGAGUAUUCAGAAUUUUGUCUCAAGGAUCUCUUUGACGACAGCAGGCCAGGAUCGCCAGAUUCAGUAUCGUCAGAAAAUUCAAGUGCAGAAAAUAAUGUCGUGGCAAUUGUAGGCCAACCAUGGUCUUUUGCAAGACCUUUCACAUAUGCAGAUGUCGUGCGUGGCGUUAAAAAUGAAAAACAAUCAGAGACCAUGUCUGACAACACGGCAUUGGAGUCUAGGCCUGUUUUGGGACUAUCUGACUCUUUUGAUGACUUUUCUGACUUCUCCACAGAUGAGUUGACUAUGGAGGUGAGACCUUCUUCUCCACAGUCUGUAGCAUCUCAAUGUGAACUCAGGGCUCUAUCUCCUGACUCACCUCUUCCUCAUUAUGACGUGGCCCAAAUUGAGAAUUAUGACCAAUGCUUUCACCAAAGGUCGUACACACCACAAUCGAGUGUUUCAGAUUGGGAAGGUUGUGAUUUGUGUCUCACCGACCUUUUUGAUGAGACCAGACCGAUGUCUCCACAGUCUGUUUCAUCAGACAUGGAACUAGAUGUCUCAUUUCGCGGCAGGGCGCUGUCUCCAGAUUCUGUUUCUUCAGCUGUAGACACGUCCCUACUUCGGGACUGGCUCUUAGACUUCAGAGCAUCCUCCCCAGAGUCUGUGGCAUCAGUUGAGAAGUGUUCAUUUGGUCCUGAUUGUAUGUUUGUUCAAAACAACAAACAUUGUAGUUAUUACUUACGGUAUACUGAGGAAAGGCCAUUUUCUCCUCUGUCAACAUUGUCUGACGUGGAGUAUUCAGAAUUUUGUCUCAAGGAUCUCUUUGACGACAGCAGGCCAGGAUCGCCAGAUUCAGUAUCGUCAGAAAAUUUAAGUGCAGAAAAUAAUGUCGUGGCAAUUGCAGGCCAACCAUGGUCUUUUGCAAGACCUUUUACAUAUGCAGAUGUCGUGCGUGGCGUUAAAAAUAAAAAACAAUCAGAGACCAUGUCUGACAACACGGCUUUGGAGUCUCAGCCUAUUUUGCGACCAUCUGACUCUUUUGAUGACUUGUCUGACUUCUCCACAGAUGAGUUGACUAUGGAGGUGAGACCUUCUUCUCCACAGUCUGUAGCUUCUCAAUGUGAAGUCAGGGCUCUUUCUCCUGACUCACCUGUUCCUCAUUUUGACGUGGCCCAAAUUGAGAAUUAUGACCAAUGCUUUCACCAAAGGUCGUACACACCAAAAUCGAGUGUUUCAGAUUGGGAAGGUUGUGAUUUGUGUCUCACCGACCUUUUUGAUGAGACCAGACCAAUGUCUCCGCAGUCUGUUUCAUCAGACAUGGAACUAGAUGUCUCAUUUCGCGGCAGGGCGCUGUCUCCAGAUUCUGUUUCUUCAGCUGUAGACACGUCCCUACUUCGGGACUGGCUAUUAGACUUCAGAGCAUCCUCCCCAGAGUCUGUGGCAUCAGUUGAGAAGUGUUCAUUUGGUCCUGAUUGUAUGUUUGUUCAAAACAACAAACAUUGUAGUUAUUACUUACAGUAUACUGAGGAAAGGCCAUUUUCUCCUCUGUCAACAUUGUCUGACGUGGAGUAUUCAGAAUUUUGUCUCAAGGAUCUCUUUGACGACAGCAGGCCAGGAUCGCCAGAUUCAGUAUCGUCAGAAAAUUUAAGUGCAGAAAAUAAUGUCGUGGCAAUUGCAGGCCAACCAUGGUCUUUUGCAAGACCUUUCACAUAUGCAGAUGUCGUGCGUGGCGUUAAAAAUGAAAAACAAUCAGAGACCAUGUCUGACAACACGGCUUUGGAGUCUCAGCCUAUUUUGCGACCAUCUGACUCUUUUGAUGACUUGUCUGACUUCUCCACAGAUGAGUUGACUAUGGAGGUGAGACUUUCUUCUCCACAGUCUGUAGCAUCUCAAUGUGAACUCAGGGCUCUUUCUCCUGACUCACCUGUUCCUCAUUUUGACGUGGCCCAAAUUGAGAAUUAUGACCAAUGCUUUCACCAAAGGUCGUACACACCACAAUCGAGUGUUUCAGAUUGGGAAGGUUGUGAUUUGUGUCUCACCGACCUUUUUGAUGAGACCAGACCGAUGUCUCCACAGUCUGUUUCAUCAGACAUGGAACUAGAUGUCUCAUUUCGCGGCAGGGCGCUGUCUCCAGAUUCUGUUUCUUCAGCUGUAGACACGUCCCUACUUCGGGACUGGCUGUUAGACUUCAGAGCAUCCUCCCCAGAGUCUGUGGCAUCAGUUGAGAAGUGUUCAUUUGGCCCUGAUUGUAUGUUUGUUCAAAACAACAAACAUUGUAGUUAUUACUUACGGUAUACUGAGGAAAGGCCAUUUUCUCCUCUGUCAACAUUGUCUGACGUGGAGUAUUCAGAAUUUUGUCUCAAGGAUCUCUUUGAUGACAGCAGGCCAGAAUCACCGGAUUCAGUAUCGUCAGAAAAUGUUAUUGCAGAAAAUAAAGUCGUGGGAUUUGCAGGCCAACUUCAGUCUCGUGCAAGACAUGUUACACUUGCAGAUGUGUCAUCCUUGUCCCCAGUGUUGAGAGACCUCCAUCCUUAUCAAAAAUUUAUAUCACCUUUGUUUGAGCCCCUCUAUAAGGGACAAUAUUCCUCUUUCAAAAUGUUUUUUAACUUCAAUGUCGAACAACAGCCUUUCCACGAUCCUCAACCAGUCCCCUCCUAUUUAGCAGUCAAACAGCCACGCAAGUUAUCUCUGUCUUGUAUUAAUCCUUCAUACAAUCAUCUCCCAGAGAAUCCUUCAACCUGCCUCACUGACAAAUGUACUGCAAAAUUUCCUCCAGACUCUGCUGUCCUAUCAUAUUUUACACCAAAAUAUUCUUCCCAACUUGCUCAGGAAUGUAAAUUCAAUGAAUCAUUUUCACAAUCAGAUAAUGUUGUACACAUAUGUGAGGCAUCUCAUUCUCAUCAGUUAUCAGAAAAUGUAUCUGUUUCACCAGAUUCAUCAGUGUUGCAUCUAAAGUUUGUUGAUCAGUAUCAUGAUGAGAUCAAACCAGAUUCUCCCAAAUCUAUUGCCCUUGACAGUGAAACUCAUGACACACUGCGCCAUCAAAACAUGGUUGUCCAGUCAUUUAGUGACUCCUGCUUUUCUAAUUCAAGACAAUCUUCCUCUGGAAUUCCUGAUUCAGUUGAAGAUUCAGUACAAUGUUUAAAACACCAACAAUCUCAACACGGUCUCAUAGGUGAAAGUGUUCCCACAGACCAAAGACUUGCCCACAACCCAAUCCAUAGGAGAUUAAUGGCACACAUAUUUGAUCCAGUCUAUAAGGGAAAACAUGUCUGUGACACAGUCAUGUUUAGUCUAACUACUUUUGAUAGAGGCUUUGAAAAGACUUUUGAGCAAAACAACUUUGAAUGUUUAACAGCUAUUGGGGAGACGCAAUUUGUUGAAGAAUCUUGUUAUUUUGAAAGCAUGGACAGCAUCGAGCCUCCACUGAAUGAGGCCAUGACUGGCAAUGCUAGCCAGCCAGAGUUGAGUUCCAUGCCAUCUGUGGAAGAAAACAUGGACUUUCAUCACACUGUCAAAGUCAUGGAGGCCUUCAGCAAACAAACUCAAACAAGGAGUGAAACAAUGGAACCAAGACCGCUUUUGCUUGAGCAUGAAGGGACAGACACUAUAUCCCCAUUAAUGAUGACACACAGCCAAGAUGUCCUUGUCAAAGACAUGAAAAGACAGUCAGUGAGAAUGGACAAAACGUUUCAAGUUCUGCCGGAGAUCAACGCAGAGAUUGGCUCAAUGUCUGAAAGUUCUGAUGAUGAAUUUUUGAGUACCAGAAUUGUGCAAAGGAGAGUUGUCAUUCAGGCUGAUGAAAUGCCUGACCUUCCGACUCAGACUGUGACAGAAGAAAAGUACCGAGAUGAAAAUGGGCACAUUGUUGUCAAAAAGGUUACUCGAAAGAUUAUUCGCAAGUGUGUUUCAUCGGACGGUGUGGAACGGGAGGAGGUCUCGGUCGAGGGAUCCCCACAGAGGUCCAUAAGUGUUGCAGAGGGAGACGGAUACUCCAAAGUGGUGAAGCGCACUGUUCUAAAGAGUGAGGGAGACCAUACAGAGGUUACCUUUGCAGAACGUGAGGGUUUCUCAGCAUCACAAGAGACCGCUGAGGUGCGUAAAGUCAGUCUGGCAGAAAGUACCAUUGUCGUAGAGGGUAAAAGAACUGUCACACACAAAGGAGACUUGUCUUUGGACUCCGACCUCCCCUCAGCCCAAGAGGACUUCAAACAGGCACUCGGUUAUAUAGGUGGUUUUACCAGAGCAGAGCUUCCCCAUGUGGUGGAAAGUGAGACUGUCAAAGAUGAUGGAACUGUGGUCACGAGGGCCCACAUGCGUAAAGGUCAGACCGUCAGACGGACGGUGGUGCAAGGCGCUGGGCAGCGCAAACAGGUCUUUCUCGAGCAAGUGGACGGCCCCACGAAAGGUUCCAAACCACACGAACUCCAGCAGCAUCUGCACCAGCUGUUUCACCACUACUAUGAAGAACACCAGGAGGACCACGAUGACGAUAAUGAAGACGAGGAAGAGAGAGAGUAGAAGAAUGUGGAACACGCUCCCUUGCGACACUAACUAUCCUAUGCAUUUGCCACAUGCAAUCCCAGCGUGCACCUCAAAGCUACCACAGUCUUCCCAUUUAAGUCUGGAAAGAUUUUUUGAAAUUUUCAGUUUCCUUCCUUUGCUGGUGUUACAUAUUCAUUCAUUUCUUUGUUCUGACAUAGUUAUUGAUUUUUAUGAUUAAUAUUUUUUUUUUGCCUUUUUUGUGACCAAAGAAUAUCUUUCCUGAUCAAUUUUAGGUUUUGUGUCAACAUAGUCUACAUUUUUUUUUUUUGGUCUUUAUUAUGUGGAAAAGCAACAAAAAUAUCAGAAAUAAACAAGAAAUGCUAUUCAGUUAUAGCCCACACUGAACACUUCACCGAAAAAAAUACUCUCCUGAAUGGAUGCUUGAACUAAAAAAAAACAAAAAAAAACAAACUGAAAAGUUAUUCACGCUACACUGCCUCUCACCGCCAGACUUAGUGAGAUCUUCUUGCCGAAGAAAAGUCACUGAACUAAAGUCAGAUUAUACACAAGUGUAUUUAUUUAACUCCGAUCGCUGCUGCUGCUGCUGCUGCUGCUGUUGUGUUUUUGUGUAGGCUCUGUGUAAUGUGUCUUUCAGGCAUUCUGAUAGUAUCUAACCUAAUCUAGAUAAUACUGACAUCUGUAGCCUAGGAAUGAUGAAUUAAUCAUGUGAAGUUCGAGCGGGCAUGACUAAUCAACAUCUGUCAUUAUGAUCCUGGCUUUGUAGUUUUUGUCCAUUUCCACCCCGUGCUGCGCCUUUCUAAUCCUUGUGUUACGUUUGAGUCGAGGAGACUUUUGUUGGCACUGUGUCCUAAAUUAUUGAUCACAGCUCUUAUGGUAUGAAUGGUGAGCGUGUGAGGAAAUUUCACUGUCGGUCCAUGCAUGACCCCUUGGGUGUCUGAUUGAUUUGAGAUUAUUUUAAGCACAUGUUGUUUUAUUUUAGAGGGCUAUUUUCUGUACUAGAUAACAAACUGUCAGAAAAGGAGGAACAAAGGUGAUUGAAAUAGCCUUUUGAAGUACUUUAUUUUUUUUUAAUUUACCUUCAGUGACUCCAUUGGAUUCCCACUGCACCCCUAAUUUCCGACGCUAUAAUGGUUUUUUUUUUUUCGUUUUUUGUUGUUGUUGUUUUUUUUUUUUUUUUUAGGCCAGUGAAAAGCUAUUUAUUGGGAAAAUAUGGCACAUAACGUGAUGGUGGUUCCGGUGUAUGUAUUUAUUUAAUAUUAACAUGCUUGUUUGUGUUGAGUUGUGCGACUGUGAGUGAAAGUUUUUUUUUUUUUUUGAGUGAGUAGAGAUUUAUUUUACACAUGCUGUAUUUGCACUCCUGAAUGUCAGGGAUGGAACGCCUCCAUGCUUUUAGUGCACCCGCAGAGUUUCAGUCAAGUAUCACCGAUCGUCUAAUUCUUUGGCAGGACAGAUGGCGAGUAGUCACAAGCAUAUUGAGACCGUUUGAGAGAGCUGCAACAAACCUUAUUCCCGCUCAGAGCAUCGCUACGGUAUGGAACUCAACGUAAUGUUUUUAUUUCACUAUCACGAUUUCCUUUUGAGAGACGAGGAGUGGGGCGGAGGGGGGGGGAGAACUGGGAGUUCACUGUGACGGGUAUACUGUACUUUUAAUUUGAAAAAUCAGCACCCCCUUUUUUCUGUGAUGCAGACAGUUAUAUAGUCAUAUGAUGCAUAUGUAUAAACAUCUAUAAGGGCAUGUAUUGCUGUUCAAAAGUAAAAAAAAAAAAAAAAAAAAAUGGC